GUAGCAUUCCACCUCCAGCCAUGGCCCUUCGUACUGCCUUUGCCCAACGCGUGCAGCCGCUGUUGGCGGCACGUCAGCUCCUGCAGAGCCGCAGCCUCGUCGGCUUGAGCGGACUCUCAGAGACCCACGAGAUGAUGCGUCAAACGUGCCGUGACUUUGCCGACAAUGUACUGGCCCCAAAUGCAGCCGAGUGGGAUCGCAAUCACACCUUCCCUGCUGAUGCCGUGCGCUCGAUGUAUGAUCUUGGUCUCAUGGGCAUCGAGACGCCGGAAGAGUACGGCGGCGCUGGACUGGAUAGCCUGGCCUAUGCAAUUGCCCUCGAAGAGGUGUCUCGAGGCUGUGCCUCGGCCGGUGUCAUUAUGUCGGUCAACAACUCUCUCUACGGCAGCCCCGUACGCAAGCACGGCACGGAAGAGCAAAAGGCGGAGUUUCUGACACCCUUUUGCUCGGAGAAGCUUGGCUGCUUCGCCCUGAGCGAGCCCGGAAACGGCAGCGAUGCUGGCGCUGCCUCAACCACUGCUCGUCGUGAGGGUGACCAAUGGAUUCUCAACGGUACCAAGGCUUGGAUCACCAACGGUCCCGAGUCUGACGCUGUCGUGGUGUUUGCAACCACCAACAAGGAACUCAAGCACAAGGGUAUCAGUGCUUUUAUCGUCGACAAGAAGACACCUGGCCUGUCUUGUGGCAAGAAGGAAGACAAGCUUGGCAUUCGUGCUUCGGGCACCUGCAACCUCAUUUUUGAGGACUGCGCCAUUCCUGCGGCAAACAUUCUGGGCGAGGAAGGCAUGGGCUUUAAAAUCGCCAUGAGCACUCUGGACGGUGGACGUAUCGGCAUUGCGGCGCAGGCUUUGGGCAUUGCGCAAGCCGCGCUCGAUUGCGCAGUGGCGUAUGGCCAGGAGCGCAAGAGCAUGGGCGUGCCUCUUGUGUCUCAUCAGGCAAUCAGCAUGAAGCUGGCUGACAUGGCCACGCGCCUUGAGUCAGCUCGCUUACUUACGUGGCGUGCAGCUGCCCUGAAGGACGAGGGCAAGCCCUUUAUCAAGGAGGCGGCCAUGGGCAAGUUGGCGGCAUCCGAGGCUGCUACGUUUGUAUCGCAUCAAGCCAUUCAGAUCCUUGGUGGCAUGGGCUACGUGACUGAGAUGCCGGCUGAGCGUCAUUACCGCGACGCACGCAUCACUGAGAUCUACGAGGGUACUUCCGAGAUCCAGCGCCUUGUCAUUGCUGGUCAACUGGUCAAGGAAUAUGCUGCAUAAGGUGGUCUCAAAAAUAACA